UUUGCCUGAAGCAGAUCGCUUGUGCGUUCAGAAAAUCGGUGGAAAAAUACCGAAAAUCGUUCGUAUAAUCUAACCAUGGACAAGACAUUCGUACUUGCACGUGUCACGAAGGUUCUGGGUCGCACUGGAUCCCAGGGACAGUGUACCCAGGUGAAGGUGGAGUUCCUGAACGAGCAGAACCGACAGAUCAUCCGCAACGUCAAGGGCCCCGUCCGCGAGGGUGAUGUUCUGACUCUGCUGGAGUCGGAACGUGAGGCAAGAAGACUUCGGUAAAUUCGCCACUGCUUCGAUGUACUUUCCACCGGGAAGACGAUGCUCCCGUGUCCAGGUUAUGUGUUCUCCCUGUAAACGCUGGCAAGGCGACGCGACAUCCUCCGGAUGAAGAUGAGUUGACGAGACACGGAAUUCGUUCAAAAACUCAUGUAAACUGGGAAACCAUUAAGUUUUGGAAGUAAAUAACACGAAGUGAAAACAUAAACUGUCCACGU